UAAGGUUAAGAAAGAGUGCAAAAACAUUAAAUCGCUUAUGUGCCUGCGUCUGCGAGAGUGUGUGUGUGGGCGGCGCGCUGUGUAUGUGGGGGUAUUUUUGUGUUUGUUUUGAGCUGCAGCCUCCGCCCUCGCAUCCACCCACCUUCCCCUCUCCCAUUCAAUUUGCAUUCACAUACACAGGAAGUGGGAAGAGGAGGAGGGAGAAGAAGAGUGAGAUAUGUAUCGAUUCCGAGCGGAGAAAUUGAUAAAAUGUCAAAGUUCAUAAGACUGGUAACCGCCUUCGUUUUGGGCUCAAAACUGACCAAACGUUUGGAUGAUCAGAUAGUUUUUAUUCAACCGCAGACAGGUCAUCAUGUCUCGCGAUUUUUGCGCGCUGUUGGCGAUUCUCAUCUUCUCUUUGGCCAAUGCCGCACCGCAAACUUCCCCAACUAUCGUUCCGCAAAUCCGCACUAAUGGCUUCCAACUCGAGCCCCUCAAUCAAGAAUACUUCCUCAGAAUCGAACAUCCGGGUGGCACUAUUCGCCAGGAAUCCGUGAGCCAGAAUGAAGCCGGACACCUGCAAGUCAAAGGUGUGAUUAACCAGCCUUUCGAGGAUCAGGGCGCCAAUCUUAUUGUCACCUACGCGGCUGGUCCGAAUGGAUAUGUCGCGAAAUACAGCUACGGAAAAAAACCUCCAACGCUGCCUCCGGACACCCCACUAUUCCUCAGUCCCACUGCUCUAAAAACAACAGCUGGAUAAAGCUUAGUAUUGAUAUUAACGAGAGAUUAAAGCCACAACUUGCCGUAAUUUAUAUUUUUAGUCAUCUCCGUAUUUAUUAACAGUAAUCAAAUAGUAAUCGUCACAUACAUGUUAAUAGAAAUCAAUAAAUUGGCUU